AGCGAAUUCGGAGCUGAGGCUGGACGGCGGCGGCAGCUGCAGCUUGAACAUGAAUCGGUUCAAAGCGUCCAAGUUCCGGCACGCGGAGGCCAAAGUGGCCCGCAAGGAGGCCUGGAUUGGAGAUAUCCGAGGCGGCUGCCCGGCUGCUUCAGGGAACCACAUCAAGGCCGGCUGUCGCUGGAUUGCAUUCACCACUGAUUCAGCAGGUGUGCUGGGCCUGGUGCCGCUGCAGAGCCAGAAGGAGGUCCGGGGGGCCGUUUCACAGCUGUGCUGUCACUCAGAUGUGGUGACGGAUUUUGACUUCUCCCCCUUUGACCAGCAGCUUCUGGCUACAGGCUCUGUGGAUGCCACUGUGAAGGUGUGGCAUCUCCUUGAUCCUGACCUAGACCUGUCGUCUUCCCCCCACGUGACCCUGGGGCCCGAGGGGGGCCAGGUGGACGUGCUCCUCUUCCACCCCACGGCAGACGGCAUCUUGGCCAGUGGGGCUCAGAGGGCAGUGAAGGUUUGGGAUGUGAAGCAACGCCAGGCCCUGGCAGAGCUGGAGCCUCAUGAAGACCAAGUCCAGAGUUUGGCUUGGAAACUGGAUGGUUCCCUCCUGGGCACUUCUUGCAAGGAUAAAAAGCUGCGGAUCUUCGAUCCACGCGCUGAGACGAAAGCCUGCCAGAGUGUUGUGGCUCACGCGAACGGCAAGGAUUCCCGGCUGAUCUGGGUGAACGCCGAAGGCUGCCUCCUUUCUGUCGGGUUCAACCAGAUGAGGCAGCGGGAAGUCCGGCUGUGGGACACACGGAGCCUGAGCAGCUCCCUGGCUUCCGUCGCCCUGGAUGCAUCACCCAGGGCCUUGAUCCCCCUCUUUGAUCCCAGCACUGGCCUCCUCGUCCUGGCAGGGAAGGGGGAGAGCGUGCUCCUCUGCUACGAGGUGUUGCCCAGCCAGCCUGCACUGACGGAAGUCAACCAGUGCCUGAUGGAGACCCAGUCCCAGGGGGCUGCUCUGGUGCCCAAACUCGCCCUGGACGUCAUGGCGUGUGAGGUGAUGCGCGUCCUGCAGCUGACCGGUGCUGCCAUCGUCCCCGUCAGCUAUUCGGUGCCCAGGAAGUCCACGCAGGAGUUCCACAAAGACCUGUUCCCCGACUGUGCUGGAACCGUCCCGGCGGCGUCUGCUCAGGCCUGGUGGGCCGGAGACAACAGCCAGGUAGAGCCGGUCAGCCUCCACCCCGCCCACCGGCCUAGCCAGGCCUUCACCUCUGACUGCCUCCCUGCUGCCCACCCGGAAAACCCUGCCCCGGAGCCUGGCCAGGCGGGGGCUGGCGACCAGAUGGAGGACCUGGAGCGAAGCGCCGGCAGCAGCCUGGCGUCUCCCAGCAGCUCUCUGGCGUCUCCCUCCAGCGCCACUCCGUCUCCAUCCAUCACCAGCGGCUUUGCCUCCAGCCCCAGCCAGCGGUCACUGCAAAGCCUCCUGGGCCCCAGCUCCGGGUUCCGUCACGUUCAGGGCACGGUCCUGCACCGCAGCACCCACAUCACCAACCUCAAGGGCCUGAGUCUCACCACCCCGGGGGAGUGUGAUGGCUUCUGUGCCAACCAGCAGCGAGCGGCCGUCCCGUUGCUGUCCUCAGGAGGACAGGUGGCCAUCUUGGAGCUCUCCAAGCCGGGCCGCCUCCCGGAUACAUCCAUGCCCACCAUCCAGAACGGGGCGCCCGUCUCAGACCUGUCCUGGGACCCCUUCGACCUGCAGCGCCUGGCCAUCGGUGGAGAAGACGCCAAGAUCCGACUGUGGCGGGUUGAGCCGGGGGGGCUGCAGAAGACGUUGCUGGAGCCUGAAGCCGUGCUGCGAGGGCACACAGAGAAGAUCUACUCCAUCAAGUUCCACCCUCUGGCCUCCGACAUCCUGGCCUCCUCCUCCUACGACAUGAGCGUCCGGAUCUGGGACGUGCGCGCAGGGAAGCAGGCGCUGAGGCUGGACGGACACGGGGACCAGAUCUUCAGCCUGGCCUGGAGCCCAGAUGGUCGUCGCCUGGCCACGGUCAGCAAGGAUGGCAAAGUGCGGGUCUUUGAGCCCCGGCAGGCUUCACAGCCCCUGCAGGAGGGUCCGGGCCCUGAGGGAGGCCGAGGUGCCCGCAUCGUCUGGGUGUGCGGAGGCAGCUCCCUGCUGGUCUCAGGCUUUGACAGCCGCAGCGAGCGCCAGCUGUCUCUGUACCAGGCAGAGGGCCUGGCAGGAGGGCCGGUGGCAGUGGUCAGCCUGGACGUCUCUCCAUCCACCCUCAUCCCUUUCUAUGACACGGACACGAGCGUGGUCUUCCUCACGGGCAAGGGUGACACCAGGGUGUUCGUCUAUGAGGUGGUCCCUGAGGCACCCUUCUUCCUGGAAUGCAACAGCUUCCUGUCCAGUGACCCCCACAAGGGCUUCCAGUUCCUGGCCAAGACGGCGUGUGACGUGCGAGAGGUAGAGGUCGCCCGGGCGCUGCGUCUGCGCCAGAGCUCCGUGGAGCCCGUGGCCUUCCGGGUGCCCCGAGUCAAGAAAGAAUUCUUCCAGGACGACCUUUACCCGGCCACUGAGGUGUGGUGGGAACCGGCAUUGUCUGCUGCUGCCUGGCUCGGGGGCUCUGAUGGGCAGCACCGGAAGGUCACCCUCCAGCCCAAAGACAUGACCCCAGUGAGCAAAGCGCCAAAGGACGCUCCCAGCAGGAAAUACGUCCCGGCCUCUGUCUACCUGGAGGAGAAGUCGGAUGAGCAGAAGAAAGAGGAGCUGCUCAACGCCAUGGUGGCCAAGCUGGGCAACCGAGAUGACCCCCUGCCCCAGGACGCCUUUGAAGGCGUGGAUGAAGAGGAGUGGGACUAGCCCUGGAAGCUGGCCCUGGGGGCUGCCAUCGCCUUUCCGCCUGGAGAACCCACGGCUCCUGCUGCUGCUGCUGGGGCCGGAGCUGCCUCUCCCCCAGACCCGGAUCGCCCCGGCACCCUCCCAGCGGGGAGCCCCACGCACUCUUCCGGGCUCUCCUUCCAGCACUGCCGCUCCGGGCUGGGUGCGGAGGGGCCGAGAUCCCGCCUGGGGCUCCUCUUCCCUCCUUUGCUCCCCCUCCCCGCUGCCUCUGCUCUGCUGCCGCCGUGGCCAGGAACCCGGCUGCCCACCGACACCAACGCGCCGGACGCCGAGCCUCUGCCUUGGCUCACGUGUUUACAGACAAGCUCAGGAAGCCACCACCGGCCCUCCUGGCCCC